UUUGCGUUCGCUGUGAAUGUCAAUUGUGCAAGAAGCAGCAUUUGCCGACAAUUUUUGCGCUUGUUUCUCUUGGAAAACGUGUGUAAAAGUUAUAAAACGUAUUUAAAUCGGCGGGAAACGUUUUAAUACUAGACGCGAUGGCUUUGGUUUGUGCACUUACAAACGAGGUUCCCGAGGCACCCGUCGUGUCUCCGUAUUCGGGCGCUGUUUUCGAAAGACGCGUCAUUGAGAAGUAUAUUCUGGAGAACGGUUGCGAUCCCAUUAGUGGCAAGGAGCUAAAGCAAGAUGAACUCAUCGAGAUCAAGACGCCAGCAGUGGUCAAGCCAAAGCCGCCAAGUGCCACCAGCAUACCGGCAACGCUGAAAACGAUGCAAGAUGAAUGGGAUGCGCUGAUGAUCCACUCAUUUACACAGCGCCAACAGCUACAGACGACACGACAGGAGCUAUCACAUGCACUGUAUCAGCAUGAUGCUGCCUGUCGCGUGAUUGCGCGUCUGAAGAAGGAAUUGACGGCAGCGCGUGAGGCGUUGGCCACGUUGAAACCGCAGGCGGGCAUAGUAAAUGCUCCAUCGAUGAUAACAGAGCCUGCACUGGCGUCAGAAGCGGGCAGCGGUGGUGCUCAUCAAAUGGAGCAGGCCGGCAUGAGUGUGGAUGUUAUACAAAAGCUGCAGGACAAGGCAACAGUGCUGACGCAGGAACGCAAGAAGCGUGGACGCACUGUACCCGACGAACUGGUCACUCCCGAUCAAGUUAAGAACUUCGUCACGGUCGCCUCGCGUCCCGGCCUGCAUUCGGCAUCUGUGCCGGGCAUUUUGGCCUUGGAUAUCAACAGCGCCGAUCACAGUAAGAUUUUGACUGGUGGCAACGAUAAGAAUGCCACUGUAUUCAACAAGGACACGGAACAAGUGGUCGCUAUCCUAAAGGGACACACCAAGAAGAUCACCAAGGUCAUCUACCAUCCCAAUGAGGACACUGUUAUCACCGGCUCACCAGACAUGAACAUUCGCAUUUGGCAUGUGCCCACAUCACAGACGCAACUCUUGUUGCGCUGCCACGAGGGACCUGUCACCGGUCUAUCGCUGCAUCCCACUGGCGACUACUUGCUGUCCACGUCCUCGGACAAGCACUGGGCCUUCUCUGACAUACGCACCGGACGUCUUCUGACAAAGGUCAUUGAUACGGCUGAAGUCGGUUUGACCACAGCUCAGUUUCAUCCGGAUGGUUUGAUUUUUGGCACCGGCACUAUGGACUCGCAGGUGAAGAUUUGGGAUCUGAAGGAGCAGAGCAAUGUGGCCAACUUUCCUGGACACACUGGCCCAAUUUCGGCCAUUUCAUUCUCGGAAAACGGUUACUAUUUGGCCACGGCAGCGGAUGAUGCUUGCGUCAAGUUGUGGGAUUUGCGUAAACUAAAGAACUUCAAGACCAUACAACUGGACGAUGGCUAUGAGGUCAAGGAUCUGUGCUUCGAUCAGAGCGGCACCUAUCUGGCCAUUGCCGGCACAGAUGUCAGGGUUUACUUGUGCAAACAGUGGCAGGACUUGAAGGUAUUCAACGAUCACACAGCACUUGCCACAGGCGUCCGAUUUGGGAAACAUGCGCAGUAUCUCGCCUCCACCAGCAUGGAUCGCACCUUGAAGCUGUAUGCCAUCGAAUAAAAACACUGCAGACACUUUGUUUAAUUUAAGCAAUCGGAGGAUCCAUAGUUAGCAAUAAGUUCUUCAACAUUUUAUAAAAACACAUACCAGAAAUAAUUACCUUCUAUUGUGCGUAUACAAGACUUCUGCAUAAAUAAACCAUUCUUUUUAUUUCCGAUCCAAAA